UCGACAUAUAAUUUAUGUUCAAUGCCAUUGCUUUCUCCUUUUCGUUGUAGGAGUUCUUCUUCUUCACAUUGACAUUUUCUUGUUAUGGAAUUUAUAUAAUAAAAGUUUUAUACAAACUCCAGGAACACACCAGCCCGAUUUGCCAAAAUAGUAAAAAACACUUCAAUUGUCGUUUAAGUUAAUUUUUAUUUUACACAACCGUACGCUCUCGUUGUCUGCUGCAAGUAAGUAUGUGCAUACAAAAAGGAACAAAAAAUUGAAACGGUUCGGUUCAGUGGUUCGAACCAGUUUUCAAGAACGUGUACCGGUGCAGAAACCGGUUCCUUAGGUUCCCUGAACCGCGGUUUCGGUUGGGUUCAUUUGGUUCAAUGAUAUAUUUGGAAGUAUUAAUUUUUUAUAUAUAAUUUUUUUAUUGUUGUCCUUUAGUAGGCAAUGAAAUUCAAUUUUUGCAUCAAUUAUUUGUAAUAUUUUAAUUCUCUUUUUACAUUUUUCUUUUGUUGUCUUAUAGUAGGUACUUAUAAUAAGAAAAUAUAUAAAUGUAAUAAAAUUCAAUGCUUACAUCAGAUGUUUUUAGUAUAUAAUUAUAGACUUAGCGUGUAAGUCUAUCUUCCAAUUUGAAUAAAAGACUUUGUGUUCGUUUACGUUACAAAUCGUGGUUUAUUUAAGAGCUGCAAGGGAACUUAGAAUAAAGUUGUUUUAGUUUAGAAGAUACAUAUCGUCCUUGGUUUACAAGAUGUCCUGUGUCCUUGAGUUCCUUCCUGUCAUCUAGUCCUUGGAUGUCUAUUUGCUAGAUAAACUGCUGCGUACUUGUUGAUGAUUUUUUUUCCGCUUCACUAUGUGCCAAACUUGCAACAUGGGAUUGCAAAGAGUAUAAUCUUUCUGACGACACAGACUUGUUGCAAGUUUUGCAAAACAAUACGACGCCAUCAGUUUUAAAAAUAGGAUAUUUCGCGACAUAAGAAGCUAAUUUGUCCGUUUUUCGCUGUUUUGCUUUCGGCAUUAUGUAAAUUAUAGAAUAAAAUAAAUAAAUGUAGGAUUUUAUUCAAAAUGCCGUAUUUAAAUGCAGUUACAAUUCAAUAAUAUUUAUUUAACGAAAUUCAAUUUAGCUUAAGGGGUUAAGUGGUCCGUGGCUGCCGGUGGUCUUGCGUGGUCUGUCCUUAAAUCAUCUUUGUACCUACUGUUCCAUUUUCAUUCCAGUCCGUCCGCUGCUGUCACAUCUGUUCCUACACAGUGUUGCAUUUCUGUUUUAGUCUUACUGUCCGUUUACACAGUCCUACAUAAAUCACUUUUUUUAAUUGAAAUUGAAUAAAUUUACCUCACUCGAUUCUGCAACUAAAAAUUAGCUACAUGCCCGGCUACGCUAUAUAACUUUAUGUUAGAUAUGGUAAACUUCAAAACAUCUGUUCACAGAGAUGUGACAUAUGAUAAUUUGUGUAUCGAUAAUUUUUCAAAUGUCAUCGAAAUUAUGAAAAUAGCUACUUGAAAUUGCAUUUUUGCAUAUUAUAGAUCGAUCUAAUCUACUUAUGCAAUCAACUUUAAUAGAAAGUAAUCUGCAAUUAGAAUAAACAUAGAAAUUUAAUUUGACAAAACAUUAUAAUCUGUAACUUACCGAUUAGUUAAUCUGUUUGUUAUUUCAGAACGCAGCGCAGAGGCUCUUUGGAAAAUUUCUUCUUUUAUAUUUUGUCUGUUAAUGGUAAUACCCACUGUCUUGCAAAUCGGAUCAAUAAUUUUUCGAAAGCCACUGUCUUCUAAUAUUUUCAGUGGUCUGCCAUUCUUUGUGACCAGCUCCAAACAAGCUUCCAACAAUUGUUCCUUUGUUAAAGAAAAUUGUGCCUUCGGCGUCUUGGCUACAACGUAUUUUAAAAUGCUGUUGUCGUUAUUAACGUAUUCACUCUUCUUCUUUUUCGGCAACAGUUCUACAACAUCACUAUGCUUCCUUUUCACAUGUCUGUAGGUUUAUAUAUAAAAUCACCAACGUUUAUUUUAAAUAUAAUUAAGUUUAUUUGAAAUUAACUGUUUAUAUUUAAAGUUACAAAGGUUUAUUUUAAAUAUAGUUAUGUAAGUUUAUUGAAAUUAUAGUUUAUUUGAAAUUACAGUUUAUUUUAGUUUACACUGAAAUACGAGUACGUCUUACUGGUUUGAUGACCAUCCAAAGACUUGUCGUUCUCGUCCAGUUACGCGAUAGCGUUCCUACGUUGUUCUUGUCUUUCUAUUUUAUGUUCGUCAGGUUUGCAGUGUUGCAUUUGUUAGUAAUAUGUGUUUAAAAGUUGCGUCCACUUCUAGUUUUCUUGCGUCCCUCUGUCAGUCCCACAUGUCUUAAUAAAUUUUCCGUAUGUUUUCCAGCCAUUUGCAUGUUGCAAUGUUUGCACACAAUUUUAUUUUCUUUUGCAUUGUAAGUGAAUUCUUCAUGCACUUUAUUUUUGCUCAUUUUGAAUAAAUAAACAUAUUAAAAUUAAAAAGCAAAUACGUAAAUGUUGCGAGUAUGUAAAUGCAAUAAGUGAUGUGCGCAUUUUACAGAUGACAAAAGUCAGUACUACAACAGUAUUGCCAUAUAAAUAUAAAAAUGCUUGAAAUAUGCAAGGCGCAGAGUUGCACUUUUUACAAAUAUUUAGAGUAAAAAUUGACUGAAAAAUUCUUUAUUUGAACCGAACCGAACCAUUAGGUUUUAGUGGUUUUCGGUUCGGUUCAGUGUUUUCAAAAUAAAAAUGGUUCGGUUCGUGGUACAGCUUUUAAAGGAAAAAUCGGUUUGCAGCCCUGUAUUAUAUCAUAAUGGGCAUGCAAGUUAAUAAAAUACUUUUUAUUUUAGUUUUUUAAAAAAGGAUUUUAUUUUAUUAUAUAAUUUUUUUCGCUUAGUCACUAUUACUCGUUGGGAAGAAUAUGUCUUCUUAGUCCCACCUUUUUGUCAACCGCACUUAUUAACUACCACUUAACUACUGAAUUGAAACUUAUGUUAAAAAUUAGUUAUUGGAAUUUAAUCACGUCACACACUAGCUCAAUACCUUAAACCAGUGUUGUCCAAUGCAAUAGUAUGUAGCUUUCACUUGUGUGUGUAAAGCGUUGCUGCAAACUGUGUUGGCAGAAAAGUACACUGAAUAAAUAAUGAGCAAUUUUUUUUUAUAAUGUUGAUGAAAAUGAUUUAAGUUCAAUUUGUACAAAUGUUGAUCAGUGCGUUUUUCAUUACUUUGUCCACAUUUAUCUCAGAAUUAUACUCCUUAAUUCGAAUGAGGUCAGCUAUAUGUUGAUCCGAAAGAUUGUUUCUAUACUUAUUUUGGACCAAUUUAAGUGUUGAAAAUGAAACUUCACAGCUAUAUGUGGAUCCAAACAUGGAAUAUAAUUUUAAAAUUUGUGUUUUUAUGUUAUAAUAUUUUGUUUCAUCUAUUUUCUUCCAAAAAUUAAUCCCUGAUUCAAUAGCCAAUGAUAAAUCACUACGCAUCUUUAGUAAUUCUUCUUGAACCUCAGGGUCUUGGUUAUGAAGGGUGCAAUAUAAGGGAUUAUUAUGAAGCUCUAUUACAUUUCGAAUGAUAUUAAAAUCACUGAAUCUAUUUUCAUAAUUUUUUAAAACGCGGUCAACUAUAUCUGCAUAUGUUUCUAAUUUGUUUUGAUUGGAAAAUUCCUGAAUAAUAGCUGUUGUACAUGGCAUAUUUGUUGAAUCAUUUUUCUUAAUCUGUUCUAUUAAAAUUUUGAGUUUGUAUCCAAAUUGGUCUAUUGAAGUUAACAAAUCGAAUAUGUUUUUAUUUUUUCCUUGGAGCGAGAGGUUUAAUUUAUUUAAAAGUUCUGUGAAGUCGCACAAAAAAGCUAAGUCCAAUAAAAAAUCUGGACUUUUCAAAGAGGUGCGAAGAGUUUGUGAAGAAGAAGAAGAAUCUUGCUCCAAAAACAAUACAAUUUCUUUUUAGACUUUUGCCUCGGCUUAGCCAACGAACUUCGGUAUAUAGAAGUAGAUCUCCAUGUUCGGCGUGUAAUUCGCCUAAAAAUUGUUUGAAUUUCCGAUGGCUGAGGGCAUGGUGACCUCCUUUUAUUUUAUUUAUUAUUUUUAUGGCUAUAUCCAUAGCCUCUACCAUAAUAAGUUCCUUCGCAAAAAGGGCUUGUUGGUGUAUUAUACAAUGAAAGGUGGGAAUUUUUAUAUUACUUUUAAAGUAAAUAACUAACGAGCCCUUUCUUUUUGCCAACCAUGACUUUGGCCCCAUCGGUACAAAUUGAACUCAAUUUAUUCGUAUCAACUAUAGAAAAAACAUGUUCAUUUACGGCUUCAUAUAAAGUUUCGCCUUUGACAUUACCGUGCAACGAUAAAAUACAAACAAUUUCUUCGAAAAUUUCAAAAUUUGCAUUUAUGGUUCUAACACACAUUACCAGUUGACACAAAUUGUUACUAUCCGUGCUUUCAUCCAAACACAAAAAAAAAUUUGCAAUCAGACAGCCGUUUUUACAUACAAUUUUGAAUAUAUGAGCUAAUAUCUUCAGUUCUACGGGCAAUAGUUUGUUUUGAAAGUGGAAUAGUCGCAAUAACUCUACACAAUGUUUUGCCUUCUUCUCCAAAGCAUUCUAAAACAUUUUGAAAUAAUUCUUUAAAGAACACCCCAUCGGUAAAUGGACGGCAUUGUUUUGCUAGUGAUAGCGAUACAAUAUAAGAGGCUUUUUCUUUUUGGAGCGUAUUUUUUUCUUUGGGACACUCACGUUGUUUUUUUAUUUUUACUGUUAUUUUUGUUAUUAUUAUCAAUAUAAUCGACAUAAUUUAAAUAGCAUUCUGCUUUUUUUUGUAAAAGCAGACUUGAUCGUUCGGUACCUAAAAUUAAAUCAUACUGAUUGUGGGAGGAUUCAUAAUGUCUACAUAAUGCAUAACGUGUAAGAUGUGCAAUCACUUUAUUAAAAAUGAGGCAAUGGGCUUCUCCCUCCAUAUUUUCAAUAAAAAAAAAAUUUGUCUCCCAUUCAAUUUUAAACAUUUUUAUAAAUUACGCAUGGGGUAUUUUCUGGCAGUGUAAAAAAUUAAACUUGCGCAUACGUGCUAGCUCACAGAAUUCUGAAACGCAACUGAAAUAAUUAGCUUCGCCAUACGCUUUGCCGAACCAAGCUAUUCAUAGAUAUGCGAGCAGUUUACUGCCUCUUUCGUUUUUUCUGAAGCUGGCAGAAGAGUAUACGUGUGAGUAUACGUGUUUGACGUCGCAGCAGCUAGCCUAUGCCCCGGGCAUAGAAAAAAGCCAUUUUGGCCGACACUGCCUUAAACCGUAAAACUACCUUUUUUCUUGUUUUCCAACGAAGGAAUAAACCGGGAGUAUUUAUUGAGAAAAAUCAGAAAUCACAACUUCAAUUCAAGGCUUUUGGUUUUUUAUGAUAAAUACAAUUUUGAUACGAUUUCUUUAUGAAACAAACUGAGGUCGAGCGAUGAAACAAAUGAGGUCGAGCGAUGAAACAAAUGAGGUCGAGCGCGCGUUGUUACUUGCUUGAGCGUGACGUCGAAAAAAGGAAGGGCCGGCUCGCCGCCCGUUAUUCCUUUUUUAGCUUUUUGGCGUGGGUGCCGGUCAGCCGCUAGAUCUGCUGUAGCGGUGACAUUGUGGAUGUUAUGUGUGGAAAUGUUGUGGAAUUUGUGUGGUGAAAUGAUGAUUGCGGGGUGUCGAUGUUGCGGCUCUAUGUAGGGUUGUAUGCGGGCCAGAAUUAAAAGUGUGUGAGCAGCGAUCAUCACAUGCAGUGCAACGUGACCGUGUAUUCAAUGCAGACGCUACGUCAGCACUUUUGGGUCGCGCAAAUUACGAUAUUAUAUGUAAUUUAACAGAAAUUACAUAUUUUCCGCCUAAUUCCGGCUAAUUUUCCGUACUGUGCGGCUUGCCGUUCAGUUUAUUAAUAAUCAUUUUAUUCUUUAUAAAAAUCUUAUUUGCUAAAUCUACUUGGAGCCGUUGUGCUGACUUGACAUUCCUCAGCAUCAACGAGCCGGCAUAUCUUAAAUAAACAUAUCAAAUAAUAACAGUGGCAUUAGAUUUCAUUUUUAAAGGAAUUUAAAAGAUGAUUACUUGUUUGUGCAUAUUUCUUUAUUUAUGUAUUUAUGCAUGUUAAUAUGUAAAUUAACUUUCCUUGUGUGGGAAGUAUUAAAAAAAUAUAUUCCGUUCCGCUACGCGCGGUAGAAAUUAAACAAAGUGUUGGUUUGAGUGACAAUGUAUGGUGCGCUUUGAUCAUCAAGAUGAUCACUCAAUACGCUUGCCGAUUAUACACUGAUCUUUAUUAGUAAAAGCACUUAUAUUUAUAUUCUUAUAAUUCUAUGCUUAUUACUAAAGAUGCUUUGGCAUUACAUUAAGUGAUGAAAUGCCAGAGCAUUGGAUUUCCAAUUAUUCUCAUUAUCAAAACAAAUAAUGGAAUAUUGGAUUUUGCUUACUUAUCAAAACAAGUCAUAUAUUGAUUUCUUAUUAAUUAAAGUAUUCUGCUGACCAAGCAGUAAUACUGCGAGAAGAUACAAUUUGUUUACAUUUAUCGUUAAGUAUCUGUGUGGCUGCUGCCGUUAACUUGUAUGUAUGUAGUUGAAUCUGAAGAUUCAACUUACAUUUUAGAGGAAUGAAAAAUAUUUAGAAAAUACUUGUCUUUUUUGGUAUAUCGACAAGUUUGAAAGUGGUGGAGUUGUUUGACGACGCAACUCCGUGCAACGAUCGGAAAUGGGCUAAACAAAAUUUGGGACGUAAACAGGAAAUGAUAGUCAGCGAAAGUAUCGUAAUAAUUAUUAAGCAAUGUAAAUAUGUUUGGUGAGAAACGUAAAUAUGUUUAGUGUUAACUUGCAUACAUAUAAGUUAAGUUCUUCUUUAUUGAGUUUCUAAAAGAAACUGAAACAUAGAAUCUUAAAAAUACCCUAAGCUAGCUGUGGUUCAACGGCAGCGGCGUCGGCAGAGUUUAACGGAUGUUGAAUGGUCAGCAGAAUUGAAGUUGAUUAUUGUUGUUGAUAUUAUUAUUUAUUGAUCAGCAAUAAUGUCGAUCACUUUUGGGAGUUGCAGCGGAUGUUUGUUUAUGUUAUUCAACUUUAACAACAACAUUGUUGCAAUGAUUGUUGUUAUGUUGAACUAAAUAUUUGUUGUGUCAACUUUUAAGUUAUUGAACUUUAACAAUUACGUUGUAGCAAUGAAUAUUUUUGAAAUAAAUAUUUGUUGUAUUAACUUAUAAUUAUGUCUCUUCAUAUUCUUGGAUAUGUGAGACCAAAGAAAAUAAAGCGUUUCUGCUGUUUCUCUGGGUAAGAUAGAGAACAUAAAAAAAUGUCUUUUGUGAGAUUUGUGUUUUGCACACAUUUUUCGCUGUCAGAAAGGGAAUAAAAUAUAAACAAGCAAACAUAUAUUUAUUUCUCUUUAUGUUCUUUGUUGAAUAUGUUAACAUUUUACAGCGUGACUUCUGUAGCUGUGAGGCGAAUUCCUUACUAUAAAUCUAACAAAUUUUCCCUGUCGAACCUGCACCUUCUCUAUGUUUUUAUGUCUCUGGCUUUCACAUCCAUCGCUUUCAAUAAGCGGUGACAGCUAAAAAAUUUGUUUGUCUUCUUUUGUUUAACAUCUGUUGAGUGAAGAGCUUAUGAUAUAAAACAAACAAAAGACACAAUAGAUUGACUUGUUACUCACUUUAAAGAUUUGUGAGGGAGUGUUAGUGACAAGUAAAAAUUGUGUAAAUGUAUUGGAGUUUCGGUCACGCAAGUUCUGGGUUGCUCGCUGAUUACACACUAUACUCUCACUGAUCUUUCUUCGUAAAAUCACUUAUAUUUAUAUCCUUAGAAUUCAAUGCUCAUACUAAAAAUCACAUUAAGUGAUGAAAUGCCAGUGCAUUGAAUUUCCAAUUAUUCUCAUUAUCAAAACAUAUAAUGGGAUAUUUUGAAUUGUGCUUACUUAUCGAUUUCUUAUUAAUUAAAGUAUUCUGCUGACCAGGCAGUAAUACCGUAGGGAGUCACGAUUUGUUUACAUUAUUCACAAAGAGUCUGUGUGGCUGCUGCCAUUAACUCCCCCCUCUCUAAGAUGAAUCGUCCCCGAUUCAAUAUCAUUUUUUGAUAUAUUUAGGGUGUUCACAGUUCUAUAUUAUCUGAUGUGUUAAUUUUGCCAUCUGUUAACUUCAAAACAUUUUACCACGUGGUAACUUUGUUUGUUGUUGUUUCCUAUACAAGUUCGAAAUAACAGUCUUAGGCAAAAUUACUCUACUUUACUUCGUGUUUUUGUUUCCUGGUAAAGUGGCAACUUUGAUCAGCUGACUAUUCGCGUUUAGAAAAAAUGGAAAGCAACACAGAAAUACAGAAGCAAAAUAUAUUGAACGCACUCAGCUACAAAUGUAUACUGGACAUAACCGCUAAUGAUUCUAGCAGUGACGAAGAGGAUGACGAUAUCCUAAUAAAAUUUGCCAUUGAUGCAGCGCUUAUUAUAGCUAAUCGGAGAAGUACCCAUUUGGGUAUACCAAAGUCUUCGCAAUGGGUCAAUAAUGUUCUUCCCAGAUUUGAUAGUGGCCGCAUGCGACAAAUGUUGCGCAUAGAAUUCUUUGAGUUCAACUAUAUAUUAUCCUUAAUCAAGCAAGACCCUGUUUUCCAAAACAAAAAUUUUGUUUCACAAUUACCAAUCGAUCUUCAACUAAAGAUAACACUUUUUCGUCUGGGAUCAAGUGGAGAGAGUGCCUCUAUUAGAAAGAUUGCAACAUUGUUCGGAAUAGGCGAUGGCGGAACAGUUACCAAAGUGACAGAGCGGGUUAUUACCGCAUUGAUUAAUUUAAAAUCUACAUUUUUAUGUUGGCCAUCUAGAGAAGAAAGGCGAAAGAUUGUCACAAAAACAAUGAAAGAGCUUCCAGGAUGUAUUGGCUAUGUUGACGGUACUGAAAUCAGAUUAGCAGAGUCGCCUUCAAAAGAUCACGAACUAUACUUCUCUCGCAAAAAACAGUAUGCCAUAAAAAUGCAAGUAGUAUGUGACUAUUCACUAAGAAUUAGACAAGCGACAAUAGGAUACCGAGGAAGCGUGCAUGAUGCUAAAAUUUUUGCCGAAUCUGCAAUAGGUAAAAACCCACAAAAUUAUUUCUGUCAUCGGGAAUGGAUUGCUGGCGAUUCGGCAUAUCCGCUAAGCCAACAUCUUAUUACACCUUUUCGACAAAACAGUACUGAGCAGUCAAAAGAAAUGAGAGAUACAUUCAAUCAAUAUUUCUCUAAAUAUAGAGUACGUAUAGAAAAUUGUUUUGGGAAAUUGAAAGAAAAAUUUUGCAGUUUAAAAGAACUACGAUUCCGAUUAACGAACGAAACUAAUUAUAAAAAUUAUUGUAGAUGGAUUUUGGCAUGUUGUAUCCUUCACAACAUGCUGCUACAAUUUAACUUAGACGAAAAUCCUAGUUUAGAAAGCCAAGAAGAAACAGACUUCCCACAAGAAAUUUAUGAACACGACGACCUAAGAAAAGCUCUAUCACAUUUUGUAAACAAUAAAGAUAUAAUUAUUUAAUUUUAUGUAGUAUAUAUGUAUAGUUUUAUUUUUUAAUUUUUAAUUCCUCCAGUUAUUUAAAUUGAAUUAGUUUCGUAUAGAAAUCUAAACUUUACAAAUUUUCAUCGAAAUAUUCAACUUUUUAGUCGACAUUUUUAGCCUUUUUGGUAUGCAGUUCAAUAGCCUAUUAAAUUUUAUUGAAAUAAAAGAUGUUUAAUAUUUUUCUAAUGAAGGUGUUAUACAUGUUUUCUUCAUAUAACGCGAUUUAUUUUCUAUAUGGAAGAAAAUACUUAAGCCUGCGACAUUUUUAUUGCAUUAUUUUCAUUUUUUCCAUUUCAAUUCUUUCUUUCAUUUCCAAUUCUUUCAUAGCUAUUCUCUCCCUCAUUUGAAUUUCCAUAACUUGAAUUUCCCUGUCAGCUUUUUUUCUACCAACUCUUUUUCAAAUUUUUCUUUAUCAAACAACAAUUGUUGCUCUUUUACCAUUAAUUCAUUUUCCCUCAUCUUAAAUUCCUUCUCGAUUCUGUCUUUUUUUGCAUCCAAUAAGCUGGAGUGUACAUCGAGAACGUCUGAUAGGGCUGUACGCGAAUAUAUACCCUUUCGGACAGCCUUUGACGUAGAAGGGGUGACCAGAGGCUCGGGUAAUGCCACGAUUUCCUCGACGAUUAUAUCAGAGGACGUGGCAACUUCUGGUGAACCAGUACAUGCAAUGUCCUCGGUAUCCAAUACAAGGCAGUUUGAAGUGAGCUCCCUAUAGCCAAAAAUGUCUUCUAAGUCAUCGUACCGGGGACAUAUCCUUACGAUCGCGUCUAAAAAUGAAGUGUAUUUGUAGGAUAUAUACAUUUAAAAAUUUAUGAUGUGUAGAACCUACUUUUGGUAGUGUCACAAUUAUCCAUGGUGCCACUUCCCGUUGCAUUUUGCCAGGACUUGGCCUUGGUGUACUGCAAUCUUAAGUUUUUUUACCUUGCAACGCACCAGAGUCCAAUGCAAGUCGCUGCCAGCUUGGUUCAAAAAUCUUUUAUAAUAAUGUUGGGCCGUUGGUUUCUCUAGUGGCCUGUUGUCCCUCAAAAAGUUGAUUAAACUUUCAUUUUCGUUGUCGGUCCACUUUCUGUAGGGAGCCUUUCGAACACGCUUAUGUACAACCUGCAAUAGAACACUUAUAGGCAGAAUAUUUUCAUAUUUAUAUUUAAAAAUAUUGCGAAUUGCGUUUACCUUCUGUAUUUCUGUGUUGCUUUCCAUUUUUUCUAAACGCGAAUAGUCAGCUGAUCAAAGUUGCCACUUUACCAGGAAACAAAAACAUUAAUUGUGCGUUCACAGUUUAAAUGUCAAAUAUCGGGCAAAGUUGCCACAUAUGAAAUUUCCCAUAAACUGUGAAUACAAUAAUUGUAAAUUCUGGAUUUAAUCUUUGGUUAAUAUUAGUAGUUAGGUGUGUUGUUAUGGCUGCACUUAAUUCAUUCACUGUGUUUUGUGUUUCUUGUAAUUUUCCUGUUUCAAUAAUGAUUUCAUUGCUUUUAAUUGGUUUGAUUGUUUCUCUCCAUUCCUGCAUAGUAUUUCUUGCAUUUGCCUGUUCUCUACGUCUAUUGCUAUUUGUAUUGUUAAUAUUGCUUUUAAUUACUUUAAUAAAUGGUAAGAUUUUAUGGAUAUAUGAUGUGGAUUCAUUAUUUUGAUGAGUAUUGUUAGUACCUUUGCUAUGUAUUUCGGGGAAAUUGUUAUCGUAAUUGUCCAAAAGUUCAAAACGGUUACCUAAAAUGCCUGCAACUUUUCUGUGGGCUUCUCUGUAAGAGCUUCCUUCUUGGGUAAUCGUUCUUUUAAUUAUAUACAUGAAACAUCGACAUUUUAAAUAAAAAAAAAUUCGCAGUUAUUUUAGUUUAUAUACUUACGUAAGUAAUUAUGACCCUAUGCCAUAAAAAUAAAAAUAAAAACUCAAAAUGAUUUAAGAUUUGAGUGCGUCUUUAUUUGUUAGAUGGUGACUUAAGACUGAAUUUUCAUUUUCUUCUGUUUCUUUCUGUUGAAAUAUAAACCAAGCCAGCGCCUAAUUUUUUUUUUUUUUUU